AAAAUGUUUAAGUUUGUGGUAUUUGCUGUAGCUUUAGGUGUUGUGUCAUGCAAGGUUCUUAAACCAGAAGCAACUGAAAGAGACCGAAUAGCCUUCCAAGUGGCCCACAAAAAGUGCCAAAUGACUCAAGAAACCAAAGCUGAAGAGGAACUGGUAAGGAAACUUCUCCAGGGCGAAUUCGUCGAAGAUGAAUCGCUCAAAAAACAUAUGCUUUGUAUGUCGAUCCUUUUAAAAGUAAUGCACGACAACGGCACGAUCAACGUGGAAUACCUCAAAGAGACUUUCAAUGAGUACUACGAUGGCGAGCAAUUGCAAAGAGCUUUAGAUUGCAUUAAGGAGUACGCUACUCCAGUUGAAACGUCCUGGGAGGUGAUUAAGUGUAAACAUAGGGCUGCUGGAUUCGUACAUAGAUCUGAUAGCAUUUAAAUGUGUCUAUAUUAUAGAUAGUAUAUUGUAUAAGAUAACACAUAUACAAAAUAUCUUUCCAUGUCAAUAAAACAUCAGUAAAC